GCCUCUCGCUCUUGCUCCGCCCCCAGGCUGCCCUCUCUGUCGCCUAAUAGCGUUCUGUGGGCCGCUUACCCGUGGAUCGAGCGCGGGACGGAUAACCGAGCGGAGUUAGAACCAUGUCUGGCUGUCAAGCUCAAGGAGACUGUUGCUCGCGGCCGUGUGGCGUGCAGGACAAGGAACAUCCCCGAUUCCUGAUCCCAGAACUUUGCAAACAGUUUUACCAUCUGGGCUGGGUCACCGGAACUGGAGGGGGAAUCAGCUUGAAACAUGGCCAGAAGACAUGUUUGUUUGUGACAUCAAUGAGCAGGACAUAAGUGGGCCUCCAGCAUCUAAGAAGCUGAAAAAAAGCCAGUGUACACCUCUUUUCAUGAAUGCUUAUACCAUGAGAGGAGCUGGUGCAGUGAUUCAUACCCACUCUAAAGCUGCUGUGAUGGCUACCCUUCUGUUUCCAGGACAGGAGUUUAAAAUUACACAUCAAGAGAUGAUCAAAGGAAUAAGGAAAUGUACCUCAGGAGGGUAUUACAGAUACGAUGAUAUAUUAGUGGUACCCAUUAUUGAGAACACUCCUGAAGAGAAGGACCUCAAAGAACGGAUGGCUCGUGCCAUGAAUGAGUACCCAGACUCCUGCGCAGUUCUUGUCAGGCGCCAUGGGGUGUACGUGUGGGGAGAAACCUGGGAGAAAGCAAAAACCAUGUGCGAGUGUUAUGACUACCUGUUUGACAUUGCUGUCUCCAUGAAGAAGAUGGGACUGGAUCCAACACAGCUCCCAGUUGGAGAAAAUGGAAUUGUGUAAGCCGAAUGGACGCCUAAGUAUCUCCAACAAUAAAACAGACUUAAAUAUGCCUUAAAUAAAACUCAGCUGCUUUUAAGUGAGUUGGAAAUUUUCUUGAUGUCACUAAUCUGUCACAGAAUACUACUGAUGGUCACAUAUACUGAGUACUACA